ACUCGGUCCGGUGGUUGGUGUUGGUGGUUUUUAGGUGGUACAACAGUAUAGAUAGGUUUUCGUUUUCAUGUCUAGUCAGUCUGAGUUACUUUAACGAGUAGAGUAACGUGUUGCAGAAGUUUUUACGGAAGUGGUAAAUUGUUUCCCAGUGUUUUUAAAUACAUAUCGUGUUAAGAUAGUAAUCGUAGUAGAACCCUCACAAAAUGACUGAUUCAAAAUAUUUCACUACCACUAAAAAGGGUGAAAUUUUCGAGCUUAAGUCAGAACUAAACAGUGACAAGAAAGAGAAGAAAAGGGAGGCUGUUAAGAAAGUGAUAGCAUCAAUGACUGUUGGCAAAGAUGUGUCAGCCCUUUUCCCUGAUGUUGUAAACUGUAUGCAAACUGAUAACUUAGAACUUAAGAAAUUGGUCUACUUGUAUCUCAUGAAUUAUGCUAAGAGCCAACCUGAUAUGGCAAUAAUGGCAGUCAACACAUUCGUCAAAGAUUGUGAGGAUGCAAAUCCUCUGAUAAGAGCUCUGGCAGUUAGAACCAUGGGUUGUAUCAGAGUUGAUAAAAUUACAGAGUAUUUGUGUGAGCCUUUGCGAAAAUGCUUAAAGGAUGAAGAUCCUUAUGUUCGAAAAACGGCUGCCGUCUGUGUUGCGAAACUUUAUGACAUCAAUGCACAACUAGUUGAGGAUCAGGGUUUUUUGGAUCAGCUCAAAGAUCUUCUUUCAGAUUCCAAUCCUAUGGUGGUUGCCAAUGCUGUUGCGGCACUGUCAGAAAUGAAUGAAGCCAGCACUAGUGGUUCUCCUUUGAUCGAGAUGAAUGCCCAGACUAUCAACAAACUGCUGACUGCACUCAAUGAAUGUACUGAAUGGGGGCAAGUAUUCAUAUUAGACUCUCUAGCAAACUACAGCCCUAAAGAUGAUAGAGAAGCCCAGAGCAUAUGUGAGCGAAUAACACCUCGACUGGCCCAUGCUAAUGCGGCCGUUGUGUUGUCUGCCGUCAAAGUCUUGAUGAAAUUCAUGGAAAUGUUAGCCGCUGAGUCUGAUUUUGUUUCAACAUUGACAAAAAAGCUGGCCCCUCCAUUAGUAACUCUCUUGUCUUCAGAGCCUGAAGUACAAUAUGUUGCUCUCAGGAAUAUUAACUUAAUCGUCCAAAAGAGGCCUGACAUUUUGAAACACGAGAUGAAGGUGUUCUUUGUAAAGUAUAAUGAUCCCAUUUAUGUGAAAUUGGAAAAAUUGGACAUAAUGAUUCGUUUAGCAUCCCAAGCCAACAUAGCUCAAGUGUUGUCUGAGUUGAAAGAAUAUGCUACUGAAGUUGACGUUGACUUUGUCAGAAAAGCUGUUAGAGCCAUCGGCCGUUGUGCCAUCAAAGUUGAACAGUCCGCAGAACGAUGUGUUUCAACGCUUUUAGAUCUGAUUCAGACAAAAGUCAACUAUGUUGUACAAGAAGCCAUUGUUGUAAUAAAAGAUAUUUUCAGAAAGUACCCCAACAAAUACGAGAGUAUAAUUUCGACUCUUUGUGAAAAUCUGGACACACUCGAUGAGCCUGAAGCUAGAGCUUCAAUGAUUUGGAUCAUCGGAGAAUAUGCUGAAAGAAUUGAUAAUGCUGAUGAACUGUUGGAAAGCUUUUUAGAAGGAUUCCAUGAUGAAAACACUCAAGUUCAACUCCAGUUGCUUACAGCUAUAGUUAAGUUGUUCUUGAAACGACCGACAGAUACUCAAGAAUUAGUUCAGCAAGUACUUAGCUUAGCCACACAAGACUCAGAUAACCCUGACCUUCGAGAUAGAGGCUUCAUCUACUGGCGACUUCUCUCAACUGAUCCUGCAGCGGCUAAGGAAGUUGUUCUUGCUGAAAAGCCAUUGAUUUCUGAAGAAACAGAUUUACUUGAGCCCACUCUCCUAGAUGAACUGAUUUGUCACAUUUCAAGUUUGGCCUCUGUAUAUCACAAACCACCAUCAGCGUUUGUUGAGGGUAGAGCAGGAUUGAGAAAAUCACUUCCUGCCAGAGCAGGGUCACAAGAAACAGUAAACCCUCCUCAAGAAGCAUCUGUAAUUCCUUCUCAAGAUUCCCUCAUUGGAGAUCUUCUCAGUAUGGAUAUCGGAGGAGGGACUACUGCAAAUCCUACUCCAGCUCCAGCAAUAGACCUAUUAGGAGGAGGUUUGGAUUCACUGCUUGGAGGGGACGUCAGCGUGCAGAGUACUGGAGCAUCUCAAUCCACUACAGGGUUGUUAGGUGACAUCUUUGGUUUCACAGCAGGGCCUACAAUGUAUGUGGCCCCAAAAGUAAACUGGUUACCUGCUGACAAAGGCAAAGGUAUGGACAUUUGGGGUACAUUCUCUCGUAAAAACGGACAGAUUAGUAUGGACUUUACUUUUACCAACAAAGCUAUGCAGCCAAUGGCCGGAUUUGCCAUUCAGCUGAACAAGAACAGUUUUGGUUUGACUCCUGCAAGGCCACUACAGGUACUAACCCCACUACCUCCUGGGGUUUCUCAUGAAUGUUCUCUAUCCUUGGCUACCACAGGAGCUGUUCAAAGGAUGGAUCCUCUAAACAACCUGCAAGUUGCAAUAAAAAAUAACAUCGAUGUAUUUUACUACGCUUGCCUCGUUCCAAUGAAUGUUUACUUUGUGGAGGAUGGUCAGAUGGACAAAAGAGUAUUUUUGUCAACAUGGAAAGAUAUACCAGCACAGAAUGAAGUUCAGUACACUCUAACUAAUGUCCAGUGCAAUGCUGACGCAAUUGUGCAGAAGAUGCAACAGAAUAAUGUGUUCACUAUUGCUAAACGGAAUGUGGAGGGACAGGACAUGCUGUACCAGUCUCUUAAACUUACCAAUGGUAUAUGGGUCCUCAAUGAGCUCAAGGUGCAGCCUGGAAAUCCAAAUGUUACUCUCUCUCUGAAGUCAAGAGCACCUGAUGUUGCCCCUCAAAUCUUUCAAGCGUAUGACGUCAUCCUCCAUAACUAAAUCCAUUCUUUGUUAACUCAUUUCAAUAUAUAUUCAUUCCUAGUAAUGUUAGUAUUUGCUUGAUGUAAAAGAUUUUUAAAGCCAGUAUUCAGUUGUAGGCCUAUGUUAAUAACAUGUUGUUAUGACAUGUGCAUAAAAAACUUGUGUUUGCUAUCACUUUAUCUUUCAAAAGAGUUAUUAAUUAAUUUUAUCAUUAGUAAUUUCUUGUAACAUUUGAAUCACAAAAUAUAUGUUCUGUAUAUAUAAAUAUGUUAUAAUAUAAGUAUUGUAUUUAGAAACGUUAAAGGACCCAAUAUGUUAUGUUUGAGCAUUUCACUAAACUCAAUAAAUGUUUAUGGUACUUGUCAA